AUGUCAACCACAAGCGCUGGAACGGGCAUGCGCAUCGAGCGCUCGAAUCCAGACGACGCUGCAAUUGAGUUUUCGCCAAACUUUGCCUUUCGUCCCCCGUCAAACAAGAAGCUGUGCGGAGCAUGCCAAGGUAUUUUUCGCGGAGUCUUGGGUCUCCAUGGCGACCAAUUACCCGACGUCAAUAGCGACAUUGUCCGUCAGGUUGAUAUGAUUUUCAAGAAAACGUCACUUCCUGACCAACAACUCCACGUGUCAUUGGAAGAGCUGGAAAACUGCCGCUGCAGCCUUUGUCAGUUGUUCUCGAGCCAAAUGUCCUCGAUGGACCGGGCAAGGUGGCGGACCGCCGAUUUGAAUGAUAAGAGUCGACCGGGCGGCAAUACGAGCGUCUACUGGAGGGUUGAUUCAAUAUCGAGAGAUAAAAUCAAGUUCGGCCUCUUUCGACAGACCUAUGGCAACAACCCAUUUCCGCUCAUCAUUGUCCAGCGCAUCCCAGACACGGCGCUUAUUCAACCUGAGUCGGGUCCAGAGAAGUUGAUGCACAACGAUGAUGGUCCGGUUGUAGGGUCAACGGCUGACGCCAUGAUGACUCGCGUACAUCAGUGGCUGUCACAGUGCCUCACAUCGCAUGCGGGUUGUGAAAGUGCGACGUCCUCGUGGUUUCCCAGCCGUCUCAUCCAAGUCGGAGACGAAAAGACGUCGCCAUCCAUACGACUUCGCGCCAACGUUCCAACGUCGGCCCAGUACGCAACACUGAGCCAUUGUUUGGGUCAAACUCCCACUUUAAGGCUUCUCCAGAACAAUGUUGCAGCUUUUCAGACUGAGCUGCCAAUGAACCGCAUGCCACGGACGUACCGUGACGCUAUUGCCGUGGUGAAACAGCUCGGAUGGGAGUACUUGUGGAUCGAUUCGCUGUGUAUCCUCCAAGACGACGGCAAUGAUUGGCACGCAGAAUGCGCAGAGAUGCACCUCAUCUACAAAAACGGCAUCUGUAAUAUCUCGGCGUCCCAUGCUGAGGACAGCGAAGGCGGUUUGUUCAGCGAGAGGAACCCAGAAUAUCUUGAACCACCGACGGUGCAGACCGAGUGGACAAACUGGGCGAACGGCCACUUCGUCUGUAUCAACCCGCAGCACAUGUGA